AGUGGCUGAGGAGGGACUUUGUGAGUGCGUGCUGUCGUACGAGUGCAGAACCCUUCUGUUCAAGGCCAUACACAAUCUGCUGGAAAGAUGUUUGAUGGAUAAAGGUUUUGUCAGGAUCGGGAAAUGGUUUUUCAAGCCAAACGAGCUGGAAGGAAAAUCUUUAGGCAACAGCGAACAGCUAUCAUGUUCCUUCUCCUUCUUCCUCCAUGGGGAGAGCAACGUGUGCACAAGCGUGGAGAUUGUCCAGCACCAGCCUGCGUACCACAUCACAGAGCACCACAUCCAGCUAGCGCAGACCUCCACCACACCAGUGCAGGUGAUCCUGAGUCCAUAUGGUCUGAGUGGUACUCUAACAGGUCAGGCCUACAAGAUGAGUGACCCAGCAACAAGGAAACUCAUGGAGGAAUGGAGCUACUUCUAUCCAAUGGUACUCAAGCAUAAAGAAGGAAGUAGUGAGAAGGAGAAAGAGGAGGCAAGCCAGGCCUAUGAUCGCAGCUGUCAUGUAGCAGUGGAGGUCAUUGUAGGUGGCGUGAGGAUGACUUACCCUGCUGCGUUUGUGCUGAUCGCCCAGUGGGACCUACCAGCAGAGCAGCCUCCACCUGUUCCCGCAGCUCAGGGUCUCAAUAAGGAGCAUAACCACUGCAGUGUUCCUCUGACUCCACCAACAUCACCGGAGCAGCCCUGCUCAGCGGACAGUGGCUUUGUGACCUCGGUCUCUAGUGUUCCUACACCAGACAGCAGCAUGGGAAUCACCAGCAUCAGCCCAAAGCAUUCUGGGAAGAAGCUGACUUGUCAGGUGGUCCACCAGGCCUGGAGGGAGUGCUAUCUGAACCAGGCUGAGCAUGGACAAAAUCAGCCAACUGAUGUGACACAGAGUAAGGAAGCGCCAAAUGGAGUUGCCACGUGGAACAUCAAUGAUUUGGGAGCCAGAGCGCCCUGCAGCUGCUCCAGGUUAAAGCAGCAGAAGUUGACGAUGACCAACACAUCUGCUGCCAAUCCUCAGACUGGUGCCAACCCCUCACAGUCCUCUGGCCCGUCAUUAUAUUCUCCAUCCCUGCCCAAACACAAGACCAGUGACAAGGCAGAAAAAGCUGACAAACAGUCCAAGAGGCCGGCCGUGAUUCCCUUCCAUCAUCGUCUGUCUGUCACGCAGGAGGCCCCCUUGGAACAGGACUCACCUGGGGGGCCCCACCUUGGGGGGGUUGCUUCUCUUGAGCCCCCCAUGGAGCCUUUAGGCUCUCUGUCCGACUGCAAGUAUUCUAAGCCCCUCUCAAAUGGCAGAAAACCGCCCGAGUCCCUUCUCCAUUCACCGAUGUCUCCACUCCCACCCACCCUCAGCCCGCACCCCAGGAUGCAGGAUCCAGAGGCUCCAGAUGCCCCUGUGGAUAUGCUUGUAUGUUCAGAUGCGGCUUCGGGAUUGGGAGUGAUUACCAGUGAAACAGCUGUGUAUGCAGCUCUGCUGAGGCAGAGGGAGAACGGGACGGGCUGGUGGAGAGGCUUCCGAACUCCCAGGACUGAUAAGACUGACCUCAGAACCCCUGAUCUCCCGGUGGAUAAACUAGAGGACACAAAGACAGAGGCAACAAGUGAUGGAACUUCUCUUAAAAGACUAUACACACAAACUCAAAAUAGAUAUAAAAUCUCUGAGGAGAGAGUGAAGGACCACAUCCACACCCUGGGCCUGUUGGAACAGCCGGGAAUAGAGACACUACGGGAGAGUGGAGAUGAUCCCUACGACUUUAAGGAAGGAGAUAUUAAGUACACUUUCUCCAAGCGGUUGAAAGGGUCAGGGCGAGAAGCCAGUAAGAAAGCCAAGGGAGAAGAAAUCACCAGCAAUGGUUCACUGUCUGAUGGAAAAGAUGCUAUGUCCAUUUUUAACUCGGCUCCAAAGUCAGACGACUCGAGUCAAGAUGACGCGGCUGCUAAAACCAAUCCUUCCUUCACCAGCGAGAAAGAUCUAGAAGUCAACAUCUCAGACCUAGACAACAUAGUUGAUGACAAUGAGGAGGAUUUUGGGACUGUUUACCCAAACCAGCAAUUGACCAAACUACCAGUGUCAGAAGAUCGUCCUGUUGGGAAAGAGGGGCGAGUUAAUGUACCUUAUCCAUCAACAGUAGCAGAACUUCAGUGGAUGUUCCCCACCCCCCCUUCCCUAGAACAGCACCCAGCCUUCUCUCCCAUCACGCCAUAUCGUGACACCCCAAGUCAAGAGCCUCCCGCCCCUAGCGGAGCGACUGACCACAUGCCUUCGUUAGCGUCUUCACAGCUCACUGAGUACAGGAUGGAGAUGGAAGACAUCACGGCUAGUCCCAGGCAAGAUGAUAUCAAGCCACAGAUAGGUUCUUCCAUGUUUGCUCCACUGUCCAGCCUUCCCAGUCAGAAUCUGCCACCACUGAAGAUUCCUGAACAGUGUUACUAUCGUCCAUCGUGGGCUAUGUUGCCCAAAAUGGAGCAUUUUACCACUCUUAUGCACCCCCAAAAUUCUGCUUUCACCAAGGAUGGAUACACAAACAUCCCCAGUGUUAACGCGCUCACUGACCAGGACUAUGGCCAGAUAAGUGGCACCACUGCGUCUGUGAACACCACUACCGGCAUACUGCCGUCUCCUGCAACUCCACGCUUUUCUGUGCCCACCCCACGGACCCCGCGCACUCCAAGGGGGAUCAAUGCCGCAAGCUCAGGACAGGGCUCUGUCAAACAGGAUGGCACUGAGCUCAGCUCGCCGGUCUCCACUCCCUCCACUAGCCUGCCCCUUAGCUCCGUGGAGCCCCUGGCUCGGCCCGGACCCUCUCUGCCCGAGGCCCACAGUCUAUAUGUCGUCCUUUUACUCUCAGACUCCGUCCUCGGCGUCUUUAAGGACCGUAACUUUGAUAGCUGCUGCAUUUGUGCCUGCAAUAUGAAUGUCAAAGGAGCAGACGUGGGGGUAUACAUCCCGGAUUCGACAUGUGAAGAUCAAUACCGCUGUAUGUGUGGCUUCAGUGCUAUUGUCAACAGACGCCUGGCUAAUGGGACAGGCCUCUUCCUGGAAGAUGAGCUGGAUAUAUUUGGUCGGACAUCUGAGAUAGGCAGAGCAGCUGAGAGGAGGCUGGCUCUUUCUCGGCGAAACCCAACUAUGUUGGACUCCAGGUCCAAGCAGCCACAGGACGCGUCGCCCGCGUCUCCGUCAGUCAUGAUUGUUUUGCAAGAGCAAUGCUCGCAGCCCAUUUCCUCCCUGGCCUCGCUCCAUCUCCCCCUCAGCUGCUCCUGCCAUGGCCGCAAGGGGGCACUCCUCCAAAGCUGGAUGUCAGAAAAACAGUGGGCAGAUGAGAGCGACGCCUGUCUGGAGUGUUACAAUGCUUUGGAGCAGGGGCUUCAGUAUGUGGAUAAUCCCAGUGGGGGGAAAGUGGACCUGGCUGUUGUCCGAAGCAGUGCUCUUCAUUCCUGGCCACACAGUAAUGUGGUGAAUAUGAGCAUGUUGUCAUCACAGGAUAUGGUUCGUAUGCUGCUGUCUUUGCAACCUUUCCUGCAGGACGCCAUCCAGAAGAAGAGAACAGGACGGACCUGGGAAAACAUCCAACAUGUUCAGGGUCCUCUUACCUGGCAGCAGUUUCACAAGAUGGCUGGAAGAGGCUCCUACGGUUCAGAGGAGUCUCCAGAGCCAUUGCCCAUUCCCACAGUAUUACUGGGCUAUGACCGAGAGAGGGACUUCUUGGCGCUGUCUCCCCUGGCCUUGCCUUUUUGGGAGAAGUUGCUGCUGGAACCUUAUGGUGGGCAGCGGGAUGUGGCCUAUGUGGUGGUGUGUCCAAAUAGCCCCUCCCUGUUGGAAGCAGCCCAAGCCUUCUUCCUAGAGCUCAGUACAGUUUAUGAGACAUGCCGCCUCGGGAAGCACCGCCCUCUUGCCAAGAUGUCCAGAGAUGGUUUUGUCCGUGUGGGGGAAGACGUGGAAUCGGAAAAGCUGGAGGAGCUGGAUGUGGACCAGUGGUUAACUGGACCCUGGGCGGGACAGCAGUACAACGACAACCUCAGCAAACUUAAACUCUAUGCUUACGCUUGCAAACAACAGCUAGGCCCUCAGCUCUCGGCAUUGCCUUUGGACAGCACUCUUCUGUUGCCUCCAAAAGCCCAGCCUCCAACAAACAACACCUCCUCAGCUCAACCUACACCUUCGGGACAGCAUCAGUCUUGGGCUGUUGAUGGUGAGCAAGCUAUAAGUGCUGCCAAUGCAGCAAAUAGUUCAACACCAACUGGAGCCACCUCGGGCCAGAUGGGGGAGACAAAUCAAGGGGGAUCUGGCGAUUCCAAAGGACCGCCAAACUCCACAGCAUCAGCUAACACACCAGCAGAAAACCCUGAAGUUUUUUCCGAGCAGUCGAGGAUCGGCAUCCCCACUGGGGCUGACUCAGUGGACAGCCAUGCAAACACACCAGCUGUUGUUAUCUAUAUUGUGGAUGCAUUUCUUGGCCCAAGUGGAAUGAGAAAUGACGGGGGGGAUGAGGAGGAGGGUGAAGAGGUAGAGUCAGGCUGCAUUUGGCUUCUAGGGCUUCUUCGCUGUUACACAGAGAUGCUGCAAACUUUACCUGAGGCCAUGAGACCUGCACUGGUGCUACAGUGCAGACGAUUGCUACCACAGCAAACACAUAUCAAGUCUCUGACUGGCUUUGGACCUGUGUCCAAUGUCGGUUCAGUUCUUAAGGGUCCAGAGCAUCCCAGCCCACUACAGCUGUACUCUCCGCCAUUUAUUCUUGGCCCAACACGUCCCAAGCAGCCAGAACAGGGAGAAAUAUGGGCAGAACUCCCGCCAAAGUACAAUGUGCUCUAUGUAGGAUACUGCCUUUCCCAUGACCAGCGCUGGAUCUUGGUGUCCUGCACUGACCAGCAGGGGGAGCUUCUGGAAACUUGCAUUAUCAACAUUGAUGUUCCCAACAGAGCAAGACGUUCCAAGGUAUCGGCUAGGAAGAUUGGGCUGCAGAAGCUGUGGGAGUGGUGUAUCGGCAUCAUUCAGAUGACCUCACUACCAUGGAGGAUUGUUAUUGGUCGAUUAGGCAGACUGGGCCAUGGGGAGCUAAAAGGACGCCAGCUGAAGGAGUCUUGCCGCAUGUGUGGAAUAUCUGCUGCUGACUCUCCCAGCAUCCUCAGUGCCUGCCUGGUGGCCAUGGAGCCACAGGGCUCCCUGGUGAUCAUGCCUGAUGCAGUGACCAUGGGGUCUGUGUUUGGACGCAGCACUGCGCUGAACCUGCAGACGUCGCAGCUGAACACACCCCAGGAUGCUUCCUGUACACAUGUUCUAGUCUUCCCUACUUCUGCCACUACUCAGCUGGCACCUAGCUCCUACCCUCCAGAGGACACUAAUGAUGACAUGUUUGAUCUUCCCUUUCCUGAUGAACUGGAGAAUGACAUUGGCCAUGACAUGAUGCUGAUCACAGGAAACCUUCACCCUUUCCCCAACACUUCCCCAGUGCCCUCGCCUGACUCGCCGUCACAUUUCCAGAAUACCAGAAGCCAGGGAGAGCGCUUGCUGUCCCGGGACAACCCCCCAGAGGAGCUAAAGCAGCAGCCGCUGGCUCUGGGAUAUUAUGUCUCAACGGCACAAGCAAACGGACUUCCACAUUGGUUCUGGGCUUCUUGCCCUCAAGCGGAGAGCCAGUGCCCACUCUUCCUCAAGGCCUCUCUCCACCACCACAUAUCCAUAGCACAAUCAGAUGAGAUGGUGUCGGAUAAGACUAAGAAGACCCCUCACCCCUUAGAUUCCAAAACCACCUCUGAUGUGCUCAGGUUUGUGCUGGAGCAGUACAACGCCCUGUCCUGGCUGACGUGCACGCCCGCCACACAGGAUCGCCAGUCCUGCCUCCCCGUCCACCUGGCUGUGCUGAUCCAGAUGUACAACGCCGUCCUGAACAUGCUUUAGCCAUGUGGGCUCGCAAGUUACACACGUUUAGUCUGCGCCUCCUUCUGACCACCAGAGAGCACCAGAGCUCCACUGUUUGUCUGUUUUUUUUGGAGCGGCCAUGGAUGGAAUUGCCAACUACAGUGCAGGGACUAUCCUACGGCCGGAGCGCCAUGAGUUAAGAGGAGCGGCGUCGGAAAAAUGGGAUGUCUUUAGGAUCCGAAACAGCGUAUAGCUCUUAUAAUGGGCUCCGUGCUUGCCGUGGAGCGCGUAACAGAAAAAUGGAAGGAUCCAGCUACGCCCGUCCCGUCCCACGUGGUCAGCAUAUCUUGAUGACAUUCGAAGCAUCUGUGGUUGACAUAUACAGAGAAGCUCUACAAGAUUCUUUUUACACCUGUGAAAAGGGACAUCUGUGCAGGGCCACAUGACUCCAGAUUGUGCGACCAGCAAAAAUGGCAUGACAACACAAACACAUGGCUUUGUUAAAACGAGGAUUGUUUCUAUACUUUUGUACAGAACUGCACAGCUGAGCUUCUCGGGACUUGCAACUGGGCGUUGAGAGGUUUUCAUAAGGGGAUUUGAUAAUGGCACUUUUUUUCGUUACCUUCCAAAGUGUUGUAAAUGUAAAAAAAAACACAUUUUCCAAUGUGUUUACAACACAUUGGAAAAUGUUUGACCAGAGAAGAUGUGUGUGUAAGGCAUACAUUUGCAAAGAUUUGAGAACUAUUUUUUAAUAUUUAAAAACAAGAAAACAAGAUACAAAGCCUUUUCCCCAACUGACAGUUGUUCGUCUUGGGAUAUUAAAUUAAAUUUGUCAAUUUAAUGCAAUUGUAAAAAUGCCGUAUUUAUACAAAUUAUAUCAUGUCAUAGUAUUUGAUAUAAAUGACUAUAAAUAUAUAUAAAUAUAUAUAAAUGUAUAUACAUAAAUUUAUAUUACCUCUUCCAAGCAGGCACUUAAUGAUAAAGGGGUGGGCCUAGCCGACUCUUUAGAGGUGGGCACAUUAUGAACAUUUAUAAUUAAAAAAAAGAAGAUGCAGUUCUUUUCUUUUAUUUUCUACACAUACGGAAAAUUGAACCUUUUUUAUUUAAUGAAUUUAAAUUAAAUUGAUGCAGCAGAUAUGUUAUACUGUAUAUUUAUAAAGUAUUCCUAAUUUGCUUAAAAAAGUACUUGAAAUUAAUAAUGAAAGACCAAGAAUCUUCAAGGCCAUCAAAUAUUUAAGAAUAGCAUUUUAUUUUAUUGGCUUUCCUGAAUGAUGUCAAGUAAACAUUAGAAAGGCCUGUCUCCUCAGCCUCCCUCAGUAUGUUCUUUGUUAGACUUAGCAUGUUUGUAUAUACACUUUUCAGAUGUGUUUUUGGUAUUUCAUGGAGCUGUACAUUUCAUGCAGAUUGAUCAACUUUAAAUGUAAUUCAUAUCUUUUUUUGAUAUGCAGUAUACAGUACCAUGUGAAUCUCAUUUAAUUACAGCCAAGAGGUUCAGUUGCCAAGUAAGUAUACACAAAUGUACAGACAAGUGCAAAUGUUUGUUACAUCUGUCAUCACUUUGAAUAUCAAACAGAUUCACCUGACCGGGAAUGAUCUGUUACUUUUACACUCUUUUUUUAGUAAAUUAUUAAAAUUCUUGAAAACUAUCCUGCGUUCAGUGGCCAUUUCUGACACAAAAACAGUG